AUGAUAAUUGAGUUGGAGGAUAAAUUGACAGCUUCAAUUCACCUAUCGAAUUUGCAGGAUCAAAUUAAUGCAGUUCCACAGAGCGAUUUCUAGCGGAAACUAUUCUUUACGAUCUGUAAAUUAAUGAUUGAAAUACAAUAGGUUUUGGACAUAUCAUUCAUAUAUUCGACAGUUGCAUCGCUAUGUUUGUAUAUGAUAAUCCAUUAAUACUUUUAACAUAUUUUGCAUGUUAUUCAGUUGGCUAGUUAGUAGCCUUGAAUAAAUAUGUGCAGCGAUGUUAAUUUUAUUGUUUGAUAUUUUAAAUCAUCUUGAUUUGCGUAUUAUUUAUGGAGACGCAACAAGAUAUUAUCGUUUUAAUUGCCUUCAUUAUUAAAUCCCUCAUAAAUGGAUACAUGAAUCAGGGACUUUAGAUGAUAAGAUUUCAACUGAUAAAGAUAUCUGUGAAUGUUGGAUACUUGAUAACUAUAGUUUUCAGUCUCAUUGGUUUGGUGUGCAAGAGAUUUGAGUAUUCUCUUUUUCGCUUUAUAUGCGUUGCCGAGUUUUGUUUAAUAGUGAUAUUCUUGAAACAAUUUUCUCAUGUCCCUCCUCUGAUGGAGGAAUGCCUUGAUAAUGAAUUUGACAUUUACAUCAAAUAUAUUGAAAAGUGUGCUGAGAGUAACUCAGUUUUAAAUUACGAAGAAUAGUAUGAUAAUAUUGAUUAAAUAAUAAAUUAGUAAGAACUCUAAUGAAUAGAUUUCAAUUAUUCAAACCUUCUAGGUAAAAGUACAUAGACCUACCAUGAGAAAAUUAUUCACCAAAUUGUCUAAAAUUAAUGAAUAAAUUUAUAAGUACUUUAUUUGUUCAACUCUCCAAGGGUUUCUAUUUUAUAGGUAUUUGUCUAAUUUUAAUUUGAGUAAUCUGACAUACAUGAAAUAUUUCAACUCUGAUAACAGCAAUAAAUAUAUUGAUAUUAUGCUACUGUCCUUUUUUGGGGCUCUUAGUAAACCAUUUUAUCAAUUUAUGACUGGAUUGUAUACCUAGAAAUAAGUGUAUCAAAUUUCAUGUAAAUUUACUGUUAUUUUAGAAUCAAUUUGCAUACUUAGUUAAUUGUUGAAGUUGAGUUACAUCUAUUUGUAGUCGGAUGUGAUGCUAUUGAUAGCUAGUUUGUUGCAAGGAGUGUUCCAUUACAAUAUAACCACCGAUAUCCGCUCAGUAACUUGGUCGAUAACCUAAGGAUUACCGUACGAUGAUUUUGGGAUUGUCAUAAGUGUGUCGUCAUCUUGGGGGGAUGUUUAUGGCCUAUAGUGUUUAUGACUUUUUGCAUGAACAAUUGUGGGAAUUCCUAUUCGUUUAAUUAAUAGUAGC